UUGUCCAAAAUUCAAAAGUGUCGAGGAUUGUGUAUCUCAAAUCAAAACAAAGUGUGACGAUAUUAAUACGGCUCAAGCACAGCAAAUCAUAAAGGGUAUUGAGGCAGCUGUUAGUUUGACUGACUUGAUGUGUGGAGCUGAAUUUAAAGCAGGUUUUCUGAAGCAUGGUAUGGAGUGCUUUGAUAAAACAUCCCUCAAAAAUGCAACUCGAGAUAAAUGUGCAAGCAUGACGGCUCCAAAACCAGAACCAGAAUCUUCAUUUCCAUCUCCCGAAUCAAAAGCUCGGGAAUGUCAGCGUACAACGUCGAUGUUUGAAUGUUAUGCCCAGCAGGUUGAGGCUGAGUGUGGAGAUGAGGCAGUAAUGUUUUUUAAAAAACUUGAAGGCAGAUACAUGAACUCUAUACUCGGAAACCUUGGUUGUCAAACAAGUGGUAAUGUCAGACUAGCAGCACAGCCAUCAGCAUCCUUAUUUUUUCUGUUGGCAGCUUUCUUCAUGUACUAGACGAUCUUUGAUUACCAUCAGAUGGCUAGUAAAAUAGACAUCAAUGACAGAAACAGUAUAAACGAAGGUUUCCAGAACAAAUAUUUUGGUUUUUUUUUUAUUUUCAAACUUUCAAUGAUAUUCUAUUGUUCAUUUAAUAGAUAUAAGAAAAUGUGGUAUGAGUGACAAUGAGACAAUUCUCCAUCAAAGUCACAAUUUGUAAAAUUAAACCAAUAUAGGUCAAAGUACGGUCUUCAACACGGAGCCGUGGUUCACACCGAAUAGAAAGCUAUAAAGGGCCCCAAAAAUGACUAGUGUAAAACCAUUCAAACGGGAAAACCAACCGUCUAAUCUAUAUAAAAAACGAGAAACGAGAAACACUUAUGAACCACAUCAACAAACGACAACUACUGAACAUCAGAUUCCUGACAAGUUUCUUUAACUGAUCUUGAAUAAUUUGAAGUCUAAAUCUUUUUACCAAAAAACUAAAAUGACGUGUAUUAUUUCACUGCACAAGGUAGAUAAUAUGUGGAAGAAGAAAAUGCAAAAAAGUGAUUUUAGCCUGAAAAGUAAUCAUUAAAAGGGAUUGUACAGCCAUACGAUAUGGAAUGAUAUAUUGUUAUUGCAUUUCAGUUUAAUUUAAAUGAUAAUAUUUAUUCAAGGGUUUCAAAAAGUAAAAUAAAAAAAAAUACCGAACUCCGUGGAAAAUUCAAAACGGAAAGUCCCUAAUCAAAUGGCAAAAUCAAAAGCUCAAACACAUCAAACGAAUGGAUAACAACUGUCAUAUUCAAUGGAUACUUCAUUGAUACAAUUUCUAGCAAUGACUUUUACUUCAGGUUCUGGUGAUAUGUGAUUCCUUUGUAGAUUCCUAUGCAACAUAGAUUUAUAUUUUAUGUUUAUCGUUUCCUCUUUUAAUAAAGAAAUUCUGUAAAUGUA